CCCAAUCGACAUCAGCCAGGCAAUUGUUCAACAAAAAUGGCCCAGGGCGCGGCAAAAAAGACACCAAAGCCCAACCCGGGCGGGAAGGGCGGCAAGGCAGGCGGCAAACAGCAGGCGAAAAAGAGCGGCGUCACCAAGUCGAAAAAGGCAAAGACCACGGCCGACAAGAUCCAGAAGAAGUACUCAGCAGGCUUGGUGGCGAGGACAGAGCAGAUGCUCGGCGAGCGGGCGGGGCAUCUUGAGCUGAUCGGCAAGGGGAGGAAAAAGGGCACGGAGAAGGAGUUUAAGGGAGGGAGUCGCAAGGCGGCUAGGACCCACGAGGCAUUUCAGCGGAUUCUUUCAUUCGCCUAG